GGAAAACAACCUUUUAGGGUUCACUUAAUACGGACUGGUAGAACACUACCUACCACUACUCGACACGUCACUAGUCUGACCUUGUCUACAAUUAUCGCCAUAGCUGUUGUUCUUGUCCUUGAUCUAAUGAACUGGUUUAGUGGAUCUACUUCAGAUGCAGUUCGAAGCGUUCGGGAGCAUUGCAAAAAGCUACUCGUAUUUGUUAAAGGCGACGACGAUGCCUCGAAGAUUGUUGAUGAUCACUUCACUGCGGACGUAGCUGCCGUGUGCAGCAACUUUGUCUGUCUUCGUCUGGAUUCGUUAUCAGAGGCAGCGACUCAGUUCUCCGCCGUAUAUCCGGUCAAGACAAUCCCAUGCCUAUGUCUGAUUGCUUCCACUGGGGAAGUUAUCGACGUGAAAUCCGGCGAUACUAGUAAAAACGACUUACUUGAAUGGCUAUCCAAGCACAGUCAAGAACACGUGAACUCCACUCACGACUUCAGACCCCAGCUGUCAUCUGAACCUGAAUCCACUUCAUCUGGGCCCCCACCCACCGCCUCAUCAAUGCUUGCCUCACCUAUGCCAACUCCCCUUGAAGAUCGUACACAGCAUGCACGCCAAUUAGUGGAAGAAAAACGCCAUGAACGUUUAGCUCAGGAAGAGAUAAAGCUUCGGGACGAGGAAAUCAACCGACGUGUAUUGGGGAAGACUAUGCAAGACUUUAAAGAACGCCAGAGAGCGCGAGAAGUGGAUGAAAUGUUACUUGAGCGCCGCAAAGAUGAGGCGGAAAAGCGCCGAUUACGCGAUUAUUUGCGGCAACAAAUUGAGGAUGAUCGACGCGCUAAGCAAGAACGAGCCGGCUUCUCGGGUUCACUGGAUUCCAGUCCACCAAAAAUCUUCAAGGCAGAUGAACCCAAGGCAUGCACAAGAUUUCCGAAAGCUCGUCUGCAACUUCGGUUCAUCGACGGUGGCCAUGUUGUUGGAUGUUUCCCCACUACUGCCACUUUGGCCGGCGAAAUUAGAAACUGGCUUCAGGAUUUGGCUCAGAACAAUCAACAUGGCACUAUUGAUUUCCCUUGUGUAGACGAUUCCCUACGUACCAAACUCGCCGUUUUGGUCGCUCAAGGGUAUCGCUUCCGACAACUACAUCCUGCAAGACUGUUCGAUCCCGAAGACGAAACGAGGACCGUCGCAGAUCUGGAACUUUGCCCUUCGGCCGUCCUGGUACUUGUUCCAAGCACCUCUCGAUACCCUGCAUCAGUUCAAGGAACUGCUGGUGGCUUAGUCUCACGGUUAUAUUCCUUUGUGAGCACCAGUCUUCACAGCGUCUAUUCAUAUACCACUUGGGUUUUUUACGGUGUUUGGUCCUUCGGGUCGUCAUUCUUUGCAACUGCUCGUCCGUAUUCGAUCGCCCCUUCGCAACUCGCCCCUACUCCAUCCUCACCAAGUAGCUCUGCGACGUCUACAGUAUCAAAAUCCGGCCUACCCGUCGAAAACCGCUCUGUUCGCCGCCAGGGUAAUAUGGCUCGCUUAUCUCACUUACCUGAUGACUCAGACGAUGAACAGGCACGAUGGAACGGAAAUUCCACCGCGCAACUGUAGAACUCUGUUGUGCACCUUCAUGCGCAUGCAUUCUCGAACUGGCUGUUCUUUUCUUCAUCUUUUUCCUUCAUAUUUUCGCUCCUCCCGAUCCAGAUAUUGCAGGUCUGGUGUUCCGAGUCUACCUUUUCUCCGAACUGAUCAUUUGCACUUGUUAUCAAGACCGUGCCUAUUCAUGCUGCUGUUUCGAAAAGUUUUUACGCUGCUGUACUUGAGAUGAUAUUUGACCAUUUUAUUUCUACUUCAUCUUAACUUUAUCCUUUUUUGCGUUCGUGGUUGUGUACAUUUUGAUGAACACACACUUCUAAACGAACAGCCUCUGAUGAACGAUUCAGUAGUUACCCUGUCAGUGAUCGUUGCGUUGAAAUACACGUUCAACAACUUCCCCGUUUGCGGGUUAACGGCUCUUGUUUUUAUUCCCUUUGUGCUCAAGGGAGUUAUUUUAUCCAUCUUCAAGCAAAAAUAAAGUCCUGUAUUGCGUCUUCA